AUGCCUGGGGAUUACGGUGUGAUGGGUGACGAUAGCUCUAUCGAUUACAGCGUUCACGAGGCCUGGAACGAAGCCACCAACGUCUACUUGGUAGUGAUCCUCGUCAGCUUUGGUCUCUUCGUGUACGCCAAGAGGAAUAAGAGGAAAAUUAUGAGGAUAUUCAGUGUGCCACCUACAGCAGAAACUUUGUCAGAACCCAACUUUUAUGACACAAUGAGCAAAAUUCGUUUAAGACAGCAACUGGAAAUGUAUUCCAUUUCAAGGAAGUAUGACCUUCAACAACCACAAAACCAAGCUGACAGUGUGCAGCUCUCACUGGAAUGA